AUGCCUUCCGUCGCCCAGAAAGCCGGGGACAUUGUUGAUCAUGUUGGCCAUCGCGUCCACCAUGCCGCCAAAAGCGUCGAGGCCCAGAUUGGGGCUACCACGAACCAACUCCUCCCACCCCGCCGCCGGGAGGAGAUGAUUGAGCAGUCACGCGACUAUGCCAAUCGAAACCCCAAGACAGCAGCCUUCCUUACCACCCAAGCCGCAUUCACCGGCAUUCCCCUCGUUCUCUUCGUCGCCUUCGCAGCCGCCACUCUCCUUGUCUCCCUGGCCACCUGCCUCUUCCUCGGACUACUUGUCUCCCUCAGCGUCACCUUCUUCGUCGUUGGCUUUUCUCUGCUCUUUGUUGUACCCACUGUAUUCAUCGCUAGCUGCUCAGCCACCUUCAUUUUCAUCUGGGGCUUAGCAGGCUUCGUCAUCCUCGGCAAAUUCAAUGAGCGUGGAGCAUCAGCCAAGCCCAGCACUCGCUUUGGUGGUGCAGUGAAGAACGGUAAUGCUACUGGCACUGGAGGAACAUAUGCAGAUGACCCAACAAGUUCUGGAGAUGGCGGGCCAGUGAAUCGAGUGCAUGGUACUGUAGAAUGGGAAAGGAAGUGGGCUGACGGAGUGAAGCCUGACUCUGUUGCGCUGGAAACAGACAACGCCUACCAAGUGCUGAAAGCGGAGACCCCUGUACCUUCAGUCUCGUUCGCAUGA